AUGGCCAAUGAGACUGAGGCUGCUCCUAUCGACAGUGCUACCACCACUCCCGUUGUGAGUGUACAUGGAAAUAGCGACCCGGAAAAAGGACUCGCGCCAUCGGAAAAAGAUGAACCAUCUGCCGAGAAGUCAAUUGCUGCUGGCCCAGCACCGACAACACCAGCGGUCGGUCCACCACCUGAUGGAGGUGCGCAGGCAUGGCUGGUCGUACUGGGAGCUUUCUGCGGUUUAUUCGUUAGCUUCGGCUGGAUAAACUGCAUCGGAGUAUUCCAAGAAUACUACCAAAGUCACCAACUGAGCGAGUUCUCCACCAGCACAGUAACAUGGAUUACAUCGCUAGAGACCUUCAUGAUGUUCUUCUGCGGCCCAAUAUUCGGAACCAUGUUCGACAGCUACGGCCCACGCUGGAUCCUCCUCCUCGGUACAAUCCUCCACGUCUUCGGCCUAAUGAUGGCCUCCCUCUCAACAGGUUACUACCAAUUCAUCCUGGCACAGGGAAUCUGCAGCCCAAUCGGCGCAAGCGCCAUCUUCAACGCCUCCGUCAACUCCGUCAGCACCUGGUUCGCCAAGCGUCGUGGUUUCGCCCUCGGCGUAACAGCCUCUGGAUCCAGUCUGGGUGGAGUUAUCUUCCCGAUCAUGGUCACCCAACUAAUUCCCAAAGUCGGGUUCCCCUGGGCGAUGAGAAUCUGCGCAUUCCUCAUUUUGUUCAUGUUGGGUAUCGCCAAUCUCACACUGAAGUCGAGAUUACCGCAUCGUCCUAAGCCAUUUGAUAUCCUGAAUUUCGUGAGACCGUUGGCUGAGCUCAAGUUCGCGCUUACGCUUGCUGGUGCUUUUUGUUUCUUCUGGGGAAUGUUUUUGCCGUUUACUUUUGUUAUUACCCAGGCCGAGAGAUAUGGCAUGUCUGCUCAUCUGGCUGGGUAUCUGGUUCCGAUUUUGAAUGCUUCUAGUAUCUUCGGCCGCACACUCCCAGGUUAUUUAGCUGACAAGGUUGGCCGCUUCAAUAUGAUGGUUAUAACAACGUUCUUCUCAUCCAUCCUCGUUUUGGCCCUCUGGCUACCCUCAAGGGGCAACGUCCCGGCAAUUUUGUUCAGCGCCCUAUACGGCUUUGGCUCUGGUGCGUUUGUCUCACUUGCACCCGCUCUUGUAGCGCAGAUCUCCGAUCUUCACCAGGUGGGCGUGCGUAAUGGCACUUUCUUUGCUGUUAUCUCAUUUGCGGCCUUGACUGGUACCCCCAUUGGUGGUGCUUUGGUGCCGGAUGUUCUCCACGGCGAUUAUACUCGACUACAGAUAUUCUGUGGUGUUGUCAUGACCGUUGGGUCGGUUUUGUUCGUUUUUGCCAGGGGGGCUGUUGGUGGGUUCAAACUUAACAAGGUAUAA